UCAGCGCUUCCUGCCCACUACUGUACUAGGCCCAAGUUCUGUGAGGGUCGGAGCCGGUGCCUUGCCUUCUCUCACACAGACUGGGAGCUGUUGCGCAGGCGCAGUAGUAGGCAGCAGGAAGCAGGCACGGGCCGCCAUGAGCCGCCUCUACGACCCGCGCUGCCUGAGGCGGACCAAGGCGGAGGUCCACACCGAGCGCCUGGAAGGAGGGCGCUGGGAACCGGGAGCCUGGCAGCGGGGGGAUGGCGUGAUUGUGGAGGGACACUUCAUCUGGGAUGCCUCCGGCAGGAAGGAACGUUACUUUGUGCUGUAUGUCAAGCCACGGACGAUCCACCGCCGCAGGUUUGACCCCAAAGGGAAUGAGGUGGAGCCCAACUUCAGUGAAACCCGGAAAGUGAGCACAGGCUUCCUCCCGGCCUCCUACCGAGUGGAAGCCAAGGGGCCCACUGACCGGCUGUCCCUGGAGGAGCUGGAAUGCCUGGCGGCUGUGCCAGAGCUGGAGAAGAUGACCCGGCCUUAUGCUCCUUCCCAGACUGUGGCCUUCUGGCUGCCUGAGAGUGAGAUGCUGGAGCUGGAAGCAGGGACAACUGUCCGUCUCAGGACCCUGGGAGAUGGACCCUUUGUGAUCUCACUGGCCAAGCUGGAAGCAGGGACUCUGACCAAGUGCAACUUCUCUGGUGACCGGCAGGCUGGGGCAUCCUGGACGGAGAGCAUCUUGGCUUGCAAGGAUCACAGGGAGCCCUUUGAUGCACCACGAGAGGAUGGGGAUGGUGCCAAUGGGGAUGAGUGGGAGGACUGAGUGAGCCUUCCACAAGGAUGCUGCUCUGCAGCCACUGAACAACUUGGGCUUCUCUCUGGAUUUGUCUCCCUUGGGAUGCCUUUUCUCUUUGCUGCAUCUCCUAACAUGCUGAGGGAGUGUCUACGGCUGUGCUUCUCUGGCCUAUGGAGGAAUUAUCUGUGCCCAGUGCCAUGAUAUCUGUACUUAAACAAAUAAACACCUUACCAUUUUC